ACACUCUCACAAGUCCUGCUGCAAGCCAGUUUCCACACGCUGAGAGAAACUGGUUGCUUGCUACCUGGCGUGACUGCCAGCACAAGCACCCCACCUCCCUCACUGGAUGAUCACUUACAGAUGUGUAGCAAGGGAACCCAACCAGCUAGCUAAAACAAGCUAGUGACUACCUUGGUAUAACUAGCUAGCCACGUUAUCCAAAAUGUGGCUUUUGCUAGCAGCGUUCAGAUUUCCCCACCAGAAAAUAAACCGAAAACCUUCAUUUAUAUGUCUACAUUCGUUCGUGGAAAUGUGCAUUUGAUUUCACCUUUCAUAGAUAAGAUACAGCAAUCGAUCAUGUGUUGAAAUUUGUUGUUUACUAUGCUAACAUUAGCCGGCUAGCUAACGUUAGCAUGUCACUGAAGAUAGCUAGCCAUCUUGCAGACUUGUCUUGGAAGCAAACUGUACCCUUUCUCCGAUGCUCGCUCUGCUGUCCUUUAAAUUGAAACUCUCUGGUGUGUCAUUGCCAGCCAAACCAGUCCUCACUCGAUGUGUGCUUGUUGAUCCACCACUCAACUAUAAUUCAUUCAAAAACGCAAAUUUUGCCAUAAUUAUCAUGGCCUUCUAUCGCCACCGGACAAAGAGGGACAAACAGGAGUAUCGCGCACGAUGGAAGGAUCCAUCUCAACGUGAAAAAUGGGGGUGUCGAUAAGUCCUGCCUCCCCCUUCUAUCUUCAGACCCCCUCCUCUCCUCUACUCUACUCCAGGCGCAUACAGGAGUCUCAUUGCGACUGGAGCGGGCUGUGAAGGACCAGGCAAGCCACACUGGGAAUGGGACCACGAAUCAAAAGCAAGAAGAACUUUGCCCUCUUUCGGGUCUUCCCACUUCGAAGACAUCUGUUCAUUCAAAGGGAAUGAUAUUUUUUCCCUGAGCAGAGGAAGAAGCAGGUGUAAGAAAGGUACAAAUGGGAUAAAGUAGUUUUAUUGUGCCAAAAAGGCAUGCAGGCUGUAAGUUUGUACCUACACACAUUUUGUGAGAAUAUAGCCAUUGAGUUGUUAGAGGCUGUAAACUGAGGUGUGGGGAUCCUCCAGGCUCUAUCCUAGAAUAAAGCAGCGGAAGUCUUUUGUUAGAAAGGCUGUGAUUUCUAAAGGUGCGUCUCUGGGGCCCUGCUGGUGCAUGGCGCUAAAAGGUGUCGUCGCAGGCGGAGAACUUUAUCGCUUUCCAGCUGAGUUACAAUGGCAAAGUGGUUCAAAGAGUUCCCCAUCAAUCUGAAGAAUGGUACCGACAGGAUCCGUUCAGCUUCCGAAUCAGGCUCACAACCAAGAGCUAACAAAACCGGGUUAGUGGCAAGCAUAGGUACCAAAGCAACUGGCUCCAAAACGGGCCAUCGUAAGAACUCCUCUCCUGACAGCACAGGUGGAGGAGUCGGGUCUCUCUUGUCUGGGAGAAAUCGGAAAAACUCGGGGAUAGAGUUGAGCAGAAACGGUGCAAGUCCCUCCAAAGAUGGGAAAGUGUGGGACAACCUGCUGUCCGGGAAAAGUCGUAAGAACUCCAAAGCUGAGCCGGUGUUUGAGGAGCAGCAGCUGCAGCAGCACAGACCUCUGAAGAGUUCACCGUCUGCAAACGCUUACAUCAGCCGACUGAUCAGGGUGGACAAACAGGACAAAACUCCAAACUUCAACAGCAGCACCAUCACCAACCAAGUGGUACCUGAGGCAGAGAAACCUGUGCAGUGCAAGACUGAAACUUUAAUCAUCCUCGAGGAUUACGCAGAUCCCUUUGAUGCACAGAAGACCAGAGAGCAAAGAGAGGCAGAGAGGGUUGGUGAGAACGAUGGUUACAUGGAGCCUUAUGAUGCCCAGCAGAUGAUCACAGAGAUCAGACGUCGGGGGUCCAAAGACCUGCUGAAGGUGUGUGUACUGACAGAGGUGAGUGAGGGAUCAACAGAGGAAAGCCAGCCUGCACCCUUACAGAUAUACGACAUCCCAUACGAGGGGAGUGGUGAUGGCGACAAGAUGGGAGUCACAGGGCCUGAGCUGGAUCCUCGUCCGUCUGCUGAGUAUGAGUUGCCGUGGGAGUGGAAGAAGGAGCACAUUGUCAGAACGCUGUCAGCACAGUUUGACAGCCCUGAACGCCCAGCCAAAGAUGACACACCUCACCACACGCUCAGCAGGAAGCCCCAACUUCCACCAACCCAGCCCCAGCAGCAGAACCAACAUCUGAGGCAGAAAAGCUGGACCCAGAAGAUCCUGCGAUCCUCUCCUCCGACCCUGUCGCCAUCCUCCACCCCUGGCACCAACAUUGAAACAGAGGCCUGUCAUGUUGACCCCUCCCUGCCCCUGGAAAAACAGAGCUGGUACCACGGCUGUGUGACUCGCCAGGAGGCGGAGUUUCAGCUGCAGUCCUGCAAAGAGGCCAGCUUCCUGGUCAGGAACAGCGAGUCGGACAACAGCAAGUACUCCAUCGCCCUCAAGACGAGCCAAGGCUGCGUUCACAUCAUCGUCGCCCAGACCAAAGAGAAUGGCUACACCCUGGACCAGAGCAGCUGUGUGUUCCCCAGCAUCCCAGAGGUGGUGCACUACUACUGCGCCCAACGUCUUCCUUUCAACGGUGCUGAGCACAUGACCCUGCUGCACCCAGUGCCUCGCGUAUACUGACUCCUCCCCAGCCAGAGAUAGAUAUACAAAUCAAAUACACUUCUAAGCAAACAGGGAAGAAAUUAUUCCAAAAAUAACCUCACCUCUGAUAGGUGUGUACUUCUACAGCUCCACCUUUAUUUCAGAAACACCCACUGUAGAACUUGGCUGUAUGAUCCUAUUGAUGUGUUAUCAUGGUUUUUAUCUGAUCAUCAGUUUGUAGCUCCCUCUUUGUUUAGAAACCUCAGAUGCCUUCUUCUUCUUCUUCUGUCUUUAUUUCCCUUUGAUGUGCAGCUGAUGCAAAUCAUCUGAGCUGCUGUUUUGCAUGUGAACAAGGGGGAAGCACAACACAGCUGAGGAAAUGUAUUAAUGAUUAAAUCUGACUCAUAGCCAGAUGUGAGGUUUUAAUUAUCCAAUGUUGCUCAGUCAGACGCUUCAUGUAAUGUUUUAGUUAUUAUUACUAAGUCAAAUUGAAAUUAGAGGGUGUUUUAAUGUGGAGGAAAACUCUUGUAGCUCUCUUUCUCCCCCUGGUGGAUGUGCUGGUACACUGCACCGACAUACCAACCCAAAGGAUUUCCCUCUUUCCUCAAAAUUGAUAAAAUCUGCCCACAGUGGAUAUCUUCCCUCUGAUCAAUAUAUGAACAAAGACGGUCUUUUUAUCUUUACGCUCGCAGCAUGUUUCUUAUUUAUGCUCUUAUUCUUGUUAGUUCUCUGUAACCACUGUCCCCGGAGGAUUUCCUCUGUUGUACUGUGAAUGAGGGAGUUGUUUUCUACUCUAUCUGCACUGUGAAGAGCGGGUGAUUCAUCCUGAUGCAAUGUGCUCAAAGAACCACGGAUUUACAAGAAUGAGGGCUUUUAAUGACAAGAUCUGAGGAGGCAGUUUAUCUGUAGAUUUUCUGGAAAACAAGCGACAAAAUUUGGGCUAAUAUGUGUGAAAUAAUCCUGCUGAUUAUUAAUAUCUGUGUUAAGAAAACAGUAUAAAGAUGAUAUUUUACAUGAACGUUUAUUUACAGGUAUAAGGGUAAGAAAUAAAGGACUAUUUAAAUGAGGUUAACAACACAAGAGUGUUUAAAUAUUCUUAUAAAAAUGUGUUAAAUGUGCUAAAAUUGAUGCUUUAUUCCUUAAGAUCUCUUGUUCCCCUUGUGCUAAGAGAUGGAACACCAAAAAGAAAAGUCAGAAGCGCAUUUUUUUUUGUUUUUCUUGUUUAUCUUAGAUGUAACUUAGACAUUUUCUACGUCUUGUACACUGACAGAAGAGAUAUGCUGGAAACGAUUGCAACACACCCUGUUAGACAAUAAAAAUCUGGUUAAAGGUUAGAUUUUGUCUUGUACAUUUUUGGAGGUCUGCCAUUCCCACGUCUCCUCAGAGAUUAAAAGAUGUCAGGUUGUAGUUUUUGGCAGAGACCUGUACAGACACACCUGUUUUACAUCUUUCAUUUUUGAUAUGUGGAGACCUGUUGUUCAGACAGUGUAAAACAGAUUGAAAUAAAAGGUCCUGAAUCUCAAUGCUGGAGAUCCUCUUUGAACCCUCCUCUGAUCUUAAUAAAUCAACAACAUAAACAGCAAAA